UGUGUGUGUGUGUGUGUGAGACACUCCUGAACUGAGCAGCUGCUGUUUGUUGAUUGCAAUGAGGAAUUCAGCUACGACGAGAUGUACAGGUUUUUUCCUCCAAACACACCCAUUAAACUAUCAGUGGUGCAACGGCAGAAGAAGGGUGAGUAGUCACUUCUCACGCCUCCUCCUCGUGGGCGGAGUUUAGUCACACUUCCUUCAGCAGAGCAGAUUAAGUAUCAAACCUUGGACUCGGACACACACCAUAAAGCACAUCCUGUAAUGUAAACCGUGACUGGUCAUCGUGAUGAUGGUUUGAGUGCGUGUACAUUCUUACAACAUUCCUUUUUUUUUACUGUUUUACUGUUCUCCUCUGACUGUUAUAAAGCGCUGACACUGGAGACUCCUUCCAUAAACAUUACAUAAACAUUGUAACACUGGUGAGAUUUUCUCUCACAUCUUUCUCCUGUGGACACAUUUAUUGUUCCUGGAGGUUUGAAUCCGCAUUGUAUUGUUGGAUUUCUUAACCAGGACUAUGGGAACCGGUUACAGGUGAAAGGGUGUGUGUGUGUGUGUGUGUGUGUGUGUGUGUGUGUGUGUGUGUGUGUGUAUGUGUGUGUAUGUAUGUGCGCGCUGAAACCAUCACACAUCACUUGACCUCAUCUUCAGGUUGUAAUCCACCAGAUUAGACCACAUACUGGAAUUACUGGACAUACAGUGUUCUUAUGAUGAUCUGUUUUUACAUCUCUCCACUUUUCUCUCUCUCUCUCUCCCUCUCUCUCUCUCUCUCUCUCUCUCUCUCUCACUUCCACUGCAUCCUUUCUUUUUCUUUCUUUCUAUUUCUCUCUUUCUUUCUCUCAUCAGAGGACAAUAAAGAUUUUAACAAUAUGUACAGCUACGUUUAGUUUUUACAGACUGUUAAUGAGAGGGAGAGGGGAAAAAGUAUUUAAAAUUGAGGAAAUAAUGAAGUAUAAUUAAACGAAGAAAUGUAAAAAAAAAAAAAAAAAAAGUUACAAUUUUUAAAAAAUAUUUUGAAAGAAAAGACCAUGGUCAUCCCAGUCCCCUGACCUGAACCCCAUAGAAAACCUGUGGGGUGAACUGAAGAGGAGAGUCCACCAGCGUGGACCUCGAAAUGUGAAGCAUCUGGAGAGAUUCUGCAUGGAGGAAUGGUCUCAGAUCCCUUGCCAUGUAUUCUCCAACCUCAUCAGGCUUUAUUAGAAGACUCAGAGCGGUUAUCUUGGCAAAUGGAGCUAGCACAAAGGUUUGACUAAAAGGAGGUAACUAGAGUAAACCGGACUGGGACUGGGAUCAGGUGAUGGCCGAGACGGAAUCUCAGGACCACGCUGAGCGUCUCUGGAAGACUGCGACACGAUCUGAAGGUUCUGAAGGAAAGGAAAAGGUCCAGACUUUGGCUUGAGCAUGAAGCUGAUUCUGUUGAGCCUCAGGCUGCUGUGUUUGGCCUGCUUGUGGCCUGUCACGCUGCUCAACCACCGCUUCCCAAACCGCAGGAAGAACAAGGAUGUGUACCUGGGAGAACACGCCAAACACAGACACCCAGGCCGGAUUGACCACAAGCUAAAAAAGCAGGACAGCACCAAAUCGCUCCUGAUCAAAACCGAGCAGCUGCUGAGGAUCGAGGAACAUGACUUUGCCAUGCGACCGGGAUUCGGAGGCUCUGCCAUUCCCGUGGGUAUCGACGUACAGGUGGAGAGUUUAGACAGCAUCUCAGAGGUCAACAUGGACUUUACCAUGACGCUAUACCUGAGGCACUACUGGAAAGACGAGCGUCUGGCUUUUCCCUCGGGAAACAACCUGAGCCGCACUUUCGACUCCCGGCUGGUGAAGAAGAUCUGGGUUCCUGACGUCUUCUUCGUCCACUCGAAGCGCUCGUUCAUUCACGACACUACCAUGGAGAACAUCAUGCUGAGGGUUUACCCAGACGGCAAUGUUCUGUACAGCGUCAGGAUAACAGUGACGGCUCAGUGCUCCAUGGACUUCAGCAGUUUUCCUCUGGACACCCAGAACUGUUCUCUGGAGCUGGAGAGCUACGCGUAUAAUGAAAACGACCUCAUGCUGUACUGGAAGAACGGAAACGACUCUCUGAGAACUGAUGAGAUUGUUCUCUCGCAGUUCUUUAUAGAGGAGUUCAACCCUUCCAGCGGCCUGGCUUUCUACAGCAGUACCGGCUGGUACAACAGACUCUACAUCAACUUCAUCCUCAGGAGACACAUUUUCUUCUUCAUGUUGCAGACCUACUUUCCCACGAUGUUAAUGGUCGUCCUCUCCUGGGUGUCCUUUUGGAUCGACAGACGGGCCGUGCCUGCUCGCGUCUCACUUGGAAUCACCACCGUCCUGACCAUGUCGACCAUCAUCACGGGUGUGUCGGCGUCCAUGCCCCAGGUGUCCUAUGUAAAAGCGGUGGAUAUCUACCUGUGGGUCAGCUUCCUGUUUGUCUUCCUGUCAGUCAUCGAGUACGCUGCUGUCAACUACUUCACGACCGUGGAGGAGAUGAAGAAGAUGAAGAAGGGAAAGCUCUCCAGAUUUGACACUUCCCAGGCCAUGGCCUUUGACGGCUGUUUCCAUGACACAGACAUUGACCUCAGCACCUUCCCUCAGCUGACGGACCUCGCUGUGGAACCUCCGAUGUCCUCGCAGAACUCCAUCGUACCCGAGGCUCCUCUUACACUGGGCACGCGUCUGCGGAAAACACCGCCUCUGAGACACCAUCUCCAGCUGCUCAUGAGCAAUAGCUACAUGAUCGACUCGUACUCCAGGAUCCUGUUUCCUCUCGCCUACCUCACUUUUAACAUCAUCUACUGGAGCAUCUACACCUGAACCAAAAAACACGACCCAAAAUCAGGGGGAAAACUGAUCAGGACGCCUUUUUCACACAAGUGUGAAUCAUGACGAUUGGUUUACGUCAGAAUAAUCUUGUGACUAUUAACAAACCUUCCACAUAAAUAGAUUAUUCAAAAACGAGUUUAUGGAAGGAGUCUCCAGUGUCACUGACACUUUCAUUUUUUUCGACAUCUUCAGGAUAGAGGAGUUUAUUUUCCCGUUUCCAGUUGAUUGUUAAUGUACAUCAAGCAACAUAGUCCUUGUUUAUCAAAGCAUAUAUAUAUAUGAAUUUGUGAAUAUUCUCUAAAAAUUGGUCUUAGUUGAAGUAGGACUUUGAGGACAUUUAAAUAUUAUUUGUAAAUAUUAUUGGAACUAUUAAAUUUUUAAUAGAUUUAUUCAAACAAAUAUUAAAGGUUAAAUGCAGAUGUGUAUAUAUAUAUAUA